CGGUUACUACUUGUCUGAAAAUAUUCUCAUUAAAAACGAAUAAAGUGCUCGGUCUACGACCGUAUAAAGAGUGACUUGGUUUCCUCCAAAUGAAGCACUUGUGUCGUGUAACAAACUACAGUCAUCGCCUGAAGACGUGACGAAAUCCAGUACAAUGGCGGAUGCCAGUGGAAAAAAGCCUUCUUUUCGUAUAGAUGCCCUGCUAAACAAUCCACCUGUUUUUAAGGAUGAUCUUUUUGUUAAACCGCUUUCCAUGGAGCAUAAACCCGAAAAGCGACCUUUCUCCCGCCAGUCGAGCCCAUCGCUUUCUCCCAAACCCGAACCGGGGCCAAACAAUUCCGUGCACGCUUUCACAGCGCGGUUUCCCGGCAGUCUGGCAUCCGGGGCGGUCAGCAUUUCCACUGGUCCCACUGGAUCCUUCUAUGGACCGGCUAGUCCUGGUGCACAUCCUUCACGGCUCCUGUCGCCCUAUGUGUGCCAUCCCUCUUCGGCAGCGGCCCUGCAGAUGCUGGCGGGAAGUGCGUUCUACACACCGAGUAUGCCCGGCAAUCCUAAUCAACUGGAGUGGCUAGCCAGAGCCCAACAGGCGGCCGCCGGCAUGUAUUAUCCGCGCUUAGCGGACUGUUGGCCAGGUCAUCCGGUGAACCACGCUCUAUUAGGGAAAACAAGGCGGCCUCGGACAGCUUUUACAAGUCAGCAGCUUUUGGAACUGGAGAAGCAGUUUAAAGCCAGCAAGUAUUUAUCUCGACCGAAAAGAUAUGAAGUUGCCAGUUCCUUAAUGCUAACGGAAACUCAGGUAAAAAUCUGGUUCCAAAAUCGCCGCAUGAAGUGGAAGCGCUCUAAAAAAGCUCACCAGGAAGCAGCAAAGGCAAAAGCAUCAGGCGGAAGUACCGAUCGCGACGCUCGCGCAUUAUCCUGUGACACCAAGGAGACACCGGUGGAUUCGAUCUCAGAGCCCGCUACUCCCGAGUCGGAUGAUUCCGAGAUGAUGAACUGAUUUCUAUAUAUCCGAUUGUUAACAAAUUAUUUUUGCGUUGCCAUUUGUGGUUUACUUAAAUAAUGCCGACGGAAAUGACAAUGCCAGUUAAAGCACGCGUGCUGUCGAAUAAUGUCUAUCAAGUAGAAGCAGCGUCGCGGCACACGAUUUGCGACAACAUCCGUAAA